AUGACUCUCCAGACUCACCUCGCCGCCGCCCUUCUCGGCCUCUCAACAUACACAUUCUACUACCACCACGGCGAACACCACCUCUUUCCACACCGGCACCUGCAGGCCCUACUCGUCCUCUUCACCGUUAUAGCCAUACUGCAAAUCCUCCUCGACCCAACCCUCCCCCUCUCUUCAGCCCUCUACACCACCAGCACCCUAACAACAACCUACCUCGCCUCCCUCUACACAAGCCUAACAACCUACCGCCUCCUCCUAAACCCGCUCAACAAAUUCCCAGGCAUCCCCCUCUCCCGCCUCUCCACCCUCUUUCUGACUACGCGCGUCGCCGGCCCCAAAAACCUCUACCUACAACUACACACCCUGCACCAAAAACAUGCCAGCAAAUUCAUCCGCACGGGUCCCAACGACCUCUCCAUCUCCGACGCAGACGUCGUAAAGGUUGCACUAUCCGGAACCUCCAAAUUCGUCAAGGCGCCCUGGUAUAGCAUCACACACCCGUUCUACUCGCUCUUCACGGCGCGGGAUCGCGCGGGCCAUGAUCCGCGCAGAAGGGUGUGGAGUCCGGCGUUUAGCGAGCGUGCGCUGCGCGGGUAUGAAGUGCGACUGAAGCAGUACAACGACGCCCUGAUUGAACAAUUCGAAGGGUUCGCCGCAGACGCAGACGCAGACGCAGACGGUGAUCGUGAUGGUGAGUCUGUCAACGUAACACAGUGGUUCAACUACUGGAGCUUCGACGUCAUGGGCGAUCUUGCGUUCGGGCAGUCCUUCCAGAUGCUGCAGUCCGCUUCGGGCCAUUGGGUGAUUGACCUGCUUACCUCUGCGCAGGUGUCGCUGGGGAUGGUGAUUCCACCGUGGCUGUCGCGGUUCUUGUUCCUGUGUGUGCCUGGGGCGCAGACGAAGACGAAGAAGUUUAUUGAGUAUGCCGCGGGCCAGAUGAAGGAUAGGAUGGCGGUUCAGGGGAAACAGGCGGAGCCUGAUAUUACGCAUUUCCUGAUUGAGGAUUUUAAUGCCAGGUUUGGUGCCCCUGGGAAAGUUGGUAGUGAGGAGAGGGAGACGGCGCUGAGGAAGCUGUAUUUUGAGAGUCGGCUGGUGAUUAUUGCGGGUAGUGAUACGACGUCGUCGGCGAUGGUGUUUCUGUUCUAUCAUAUUGUGAAGGAGAAGGGUUUGCUGGAGCGGUUGAGGGAGGAGAUUGAGGGGCUGGUUGGAGGAGGGGAAAUCGAUGCGCGCAGUAUCCAGGCUGCGCCGUUGCUUAAUGCCUGCAUUAAUGAGACACUGAGACUGCAUCCUGUUGUGCCGAGUGGGCUGUAUCGCAAGGCGCCGCCGGAGGGAGCAUUCGUGGGCGAGACCUGGAUUCCAGGCAAUACAACGGUUCUCGUGAACUUUUACGCCAUGGGGCGUGAUGAAUCGCAUUUCGUCAAUGCAGACGAAUUCAUCCCAGAGCGCUUCUCAACCCGCCCAGAGCUGAUCAAGAACAAAGACGCAUUUAUUCCGUUCUCGACUGGUCCCUUCAACUGCAUCGGCAAGAAUCUGGCCCUGAUGGAGAUGCGCCUGUUGACGGCUCGUCUCAUUACCAAGUUUGAUAUCGCCUUUGCGCCUGGAGAGGACGGGUCAGAUCUCCUCCAGUCGCGCGAUUAUUUCACAGCGACGCCGAACCCGCUACAUUUGGUUUUCAAGAUGAGGAAAUAA